AUGUUGGAAGAAGAACCUAUUUAUGCUCCAUUUUUUGGAUCGAUGGGAGCAUCUGUUGCAAUGAUUUUAAGUUCUCUUGGAGCAGUAUAUGGUACGCUGAAGUCUGGAACUGCUAUUUCAGCAGCAGGAACAGUGAGACCAGAUUUGGUUAUGAAAUCACUCAUUCCAGUAGUUAUGAGUGGGAUCGUAGCUAUUUACGGACUCGUAGAAGCCAUUUUAAUUGCAAACAGUAUAUUUUCAUCAGCAGAGGGAUAUACGCUAUAUACAGGAUUUUUACAUUUUGGAGCUGGUCUUACAGUUGGUUUGAGUGGUAUGGGUUCUGGCUAUGCUAUUGGCCUAGUUGGAGAAGCUGGAGUCAGGUAUUCAGUUCAGCAACCUAAUCUCUUUGUAGCCAUCAUUCUAAUGCUCAUUUUUGCCGAGGUUCUUGGAUUGUAUGGACUUAUUAUAGGACUCAUACUGACAACGAAAGUCUGAUUAAAAAUAGAACAGCUUUACUAAAUGUAACAAAUUUAUACAUUUACAGUAUGUUAUAAAAAAGAAGAUAAAUAGAGUUUUUGCUUCUUUUCUUUUUCAAUAUGGCAGUGUGCUAAUGUUGUUUAGGCUACUAUAUUGUUUUCGGUUAUUGUCGGCUAUAUUUGGACACCAUUAGUGACAAGUUUGCUCUCUCAGUACUGAAGAAAAUUAUUGUAUUUUAUAGAAAAUAGCCCUUAGAAUUUCGCCCAAUAAAUUCUUUGUUAAAAGUCACGAACCUCGUA